AUGGAGGAAGUUACAGCCCUGGAGUCCUUACCUGAUCUCAAGAAAAGUACUGGUACUCGUACUUGUAAUUUGGGACUCGGAGCUAUCAUCUUGCAUGCACGCUGGUUCCGAAGUCGGGACACUCAGAUCGCAAAAAUUGAACUUGAUAUCUUUUGGAAGUCUCGAUGGAUUGCCUUGUCCAAGUCCCCAUAUAGUGGCGAGAGCUGGUCAGACGUUCAGGACUUUCGCAGCAUCCACAUCCACGUGCACAGCAUCCACCUUGGAGUACACAAUCUUCGACUAGUACUCGAUGCAUAUGCCAUCGCUCAUUUGAUCGCCACGUUUCAAAUCCCCGUUGAAGAGAGGCCGAACUUGAUAGCAUACGUUCUUUCCACCACCGAUAUCGCCGCUGCUGUUCCCAUGAACUAA